CAGCGACCAGGUCUCAAUUCUGAAAAUGGCGAAGAUCAAGAAGAAAGGUACCUCUGGCCAGGCCAAGAACUACAUUACCAGAACCCAGGCAGUGCGCAAACUUCAAAUUUCUCUGCCAGAUUUCCGUCGACUAUGCAUCUUCAAGGGCAUUUAUCCCCGCGAGCCUAGAAACAAGAAGAAGGCUUCCAAAACCUCGACCCCUAGCACCACUUUCUAUUACACGAAAGAUAUCCAAUACCUCCUCCAUGAGCCACUUCUGAGGAAAUUUCGUGAACAGAAAGCCGUCGCCAAGAAGAUCGCUCGGUCCUUAGGUCGCGGUGAGGUGGGCGACGCUGCGCGCUUUGAGAAGAACCACGCUCCUAAGAUCACUUUGGAUCAUGUUAUCAAAGAGCGCUAUCCCACUUUUAUCGAUGCUUUGAGAGACCUCGACGAUGCUCUGUCGCUUCUUUUCCUGUUUGCAAAUCUACCCUCUACGGCUCAUGUGCCUCCAAAGACCAUUUCGCUCUGUCAGCGCCUCUGUCAUGAGUUCCAACACUAUCUCAUCGCUACCAACUCUUUGCGAAAAUCUUUUCUCUCCAUCAAGGGUAUCUACUAUCAGGCCACAAUCCAAGGGCAGGACAUAAUGUGGCUUGUGCCUUACCGAUUCGUGCAGCGAGUGAAUGGAGAUGUCGACUACCGGAUUAUGGCCACCUUCGUCCAGUUCUACACUACCCUGUUGGGCUUUGUCAAUUACAGACUGUAUUCCUCUCUUGGUCUCAGAUAUCCACCCAAGUUUGACACUAGGAGCGACGAGAAUGGCGCGGAGCUGGCGGCCUUCACUCUCGAGGGCCGCACGGUCGACAAUGCGCCUAAAGCUAUCGAAGCGAGUAGCGCGAAGUCGAAUGGUCUUGUAAAUAACGAGGCGCCUCGUGAGAUUCAAGACAAAGUGGACAAGGUGAUCAAGGCGGCUGGAUUGGAUCGGGAAACGGAAGAUAAAAACGUUGAGGUCGCGGAGAAUACUGAUGCGAUCGACAAAUUUGAACCCACCGCGCCCGAGGCCGACACUCUGCCUCAACCGGAUCUGGCUGGAAGCGAAGCUGGCUCUCUCUUUGUGCCCUUUGUCUUCUACAUUUCCAGAGAGGCACCCAAAGCACCAUUGGAAUUCAUUCUGCGCGCUUUUGGUUGCAAACGAAUUGGCUGGGAUGCUGUCCUUGGCGAUGGAGCAUUCACACAUGAUGAGUCUGAUCCUCGCAUCACACACCAAAUUGUAGACCGCCCUGCACUGCCUGAAUCCUCGCUUCCUGCUAUUCCGGCUGCCGCUCAGAAUGGUGAGGACAGCGCACAAAAAGUCAAUCCUGGGACUCGGGUUCCUGGCAGGACCUACGUCCAACCCCAGUGGGUUUGGGACUCUAUUAAUGAAGGGAAGCUUCUUCGCCCCGAUCUAUACGCGCCGGGCGCUACUCUUCCGCCUCACUUGAGCCCGUGGGUCAAGCCUACCAGGGGAGCGUACGAUCCUCGGGCCAGCUUGGCAGAGCAAGAAGAAGAGGGUGAGGCUGAGAUUGCAGCUGAAGAGUCUGAGGAAGACGAAGAGAUGGAAGACGCGACAGAAGAAAACAAGAAGGCCGCUGCGGAUUCCAAGGACGAGUCGGAUGCCGAAGAUGAUGCAUCUGAGGAUGAAUCUAUCAACGGUGGCAUGGAUGUUGCCGCUACUGAUGAGGACGAAAGUGAGAGUGAAGAGGAGGAGGAAGACUUCGGGGGAUUUGAAGACAAUGAGGCUGAAUCUGAAUCCGAGGAUGAAGAGGAGUCCGCACGGACACAGCACCAGAAGGAGCUUGAAGCUGAAGCUGCUGGUCUUCCAUUCUCUGCAUCUAACAGCGCCGGAAACGAGUCAACCAAGAAGAAGUCUUCUCUAGCGAAGAAAAUGGCAGCCAAGAAGCGCAAGGAGGAAGAGGAACUAGAAAGACAGAAGAUGAUGAUGAGCAGGAAGAAGCGAAAGCUGCUGGAGAAGAUGUUGUACUCGAACAAGAAGCAGUCUGAAGAAGCCGCCAAGUUGCGGUCUAAGAGAAGGAAGCUCGAAAAGACUGCACAGGCGUGAGGAUUUCAAAAGCAUAAUAGAUAUGAAAGUUUGUUUCCCUUCAAUGGAAUGUCGUCCUGGAGGAUUUGGAUAUACGGCGUUGUGUAGAUAUAUGUUCUCGAGUGUCCGAUUCUGAAUGAUCUUCAGAUAUGUCGGGCGCUCCCCAGGCUUGUUUCAGUUUCUCUAUCUCAUAAUGGAAAAGUUCAAAAUCAUAUCAAAAGAA